AUCUCUCCUCUCAUCUGGGACCCAUCUCAUAAUGUCAGACCACCCAGGAAUGAAUGCUCAGGACAAAGCCCCCCCCUCUACCACCUCCACCCUCUAAUCCUCGCUCUAAAAUCUCCCCCUCCGUUCUGAAACUACGAACCACUCCUCCCUCAACUUACCAGCCCCCCAAACCACCACCAUCAGCCGACUUACCUCCGGCACCUACCGGUCCAUACUUCUUCUACGGAACCUUGACCGAUCCGUCCAUGAUCGCGGAGAUUCUCGACCUCGCGCAGGAGCUCGAAUUACGUCCCGCGUCUGUUCUAGGCUACAAGUGCAAAAUGUGGGGCCAUUAUCCGGCCUUAGUGGACGAACCAGGAUCGACGGUUGAGGGCGCCGUAUACCAUGUCGACACGGUGGAGGACGGGGAAAGGCUGGCGGCUUAUGAGACAAGGAACUAUAGGGCUGAGUCUUGUGUAGUCAGAUAUGCGGAUAAUCAGGGCCCGAGUCAAGAUUUUGGGUAUGCUUUUAAGUUUGUUGGAGAUCCUCGCGAGUUGACGGAAGGGAACUUCGAGUUGAGGACUUGGCUGAGGAGGAUGGGGAGGCAGAAAGCGGUGGAUAAAUUGGAUGCUAGGAUGCGGAGAGAUUGAACAGUGAUGGUCAACAGUUCUUGAUCCAGGGGUAGAAAUAUGAGGGAUGUGACGUGGAACUUGAGUAUGUGCAAAGAAAUCGUGCUUUAUGUGGUCGAUGUGAUGCCGAUUUGGCGGGAGAGCUCAAUAUCCAUUGAUAGAUUUCACAAGUCGAAUCUGUACCGCUUUGUAUACACUGAAGCAGAUACACAAAAGUCUCUCAGAUGUACAUGGCU